UUGUUGUUGUUGUUGUUAUUAUUAUUAUUGUUAUUAUUAUUAUCAUCAUUAUUUUCUAUUAUCAUUAUUAUUGAACCAUGGAACUACGUCUUAGAUACCUGAUAUUAAUGGUUGUUUUGGUGGUAAUAGUAAAUAUAUUAGCGACUGUAAAGAUAUUCCAAAGUAAUAAGCUAUAUUCACAGCUCAGUCUCUUCCACAAAUAUCAACAUUCACAACUAUGGAAUACCACAUCAUCAAAACAAAAAUUAGAAUUCCCAAAUAAAGAGAACAUUACCAGUAACUCUAGUAAAAAAUUAAGUCUUAAAACAGACAAUUCUGGAAACCCGCUUAUCUAUAAUUAUGGUAAAAAUAACUUGAGUUUGAAAGGUGAGAACGGAAGUGGGGUGAUUUUAAAACCAAAAGAGGAAGAAAAGGCGAAAAUUCUGAGUGAAGAAUACAACGUCAACGUAUAUAUAAGUGAUCUGAUACCGUUAAACCGGAUGGUGCCUGAUUCAAGACCUGUCGGAUGCAAAAAUCAAACAUUUGAUGAAAGUUACAUGCCACAAGCUGCCGCCAUUGUCACAGUGUACAACGAGUGGCCUAGUAUUCUCCUAAGAACCAUUUACAGCAUUAUAAAUAGAACACCGCGUAAUUUACUGAAGGAAAUCAUUAUAGUUGACGACAAUAGUGAUUUGGAAUUUUACAAGGAAUACUUGGAUAUUUACAUCAAAGACCAUUUUGAUACAGAUCUUGUGAAGUUAAUUCGAUUAAAAGAGCGCGGUGGCUUGAUAAAAGCUCGCAUGGAAGCGAUCAAAUAUGUUACGGCUGAAGUAGUAUGUAUUUUAGACAGUCACAUGGAAGUAAAUAUAAACUGGUUGCAACCUUUACUUGUCGAGAUAAUGAAAAACCGUUCGACAUUAGCUAUGGGUCAACUAGAUUAUAUCAACAGAAACACGUUUAAAUAUGAAUUUAAUCGGGACUACAAAACUCGUUAUGGCUUCAACUGGGAUUUCAAAUUCUUUGAGCAGUAUUUUCGACCAGAUCAAAUGUUAAAUAAGAAGGUAACAGACACUUUACCUGGUCCUGUAAUAGUCGGAGCAGGAUUCGCAAUGGAUGUGAAGUUCUUCAGAAAGAUUGGACUCUAUGACCCAAAGAUGGCAAUUUGGGGAGGAGAAAAUUUGGAACUUUCAUGGCGAGUGUGGUGUUGUGGCGGUCAGGUCCUUCAUGUAUUUUGCUCGCACUUUGGUCAUAUUGCACGUUAUCAACCUUACAGUUUCCCUCGUGACAGGUUACACACAGAGGUUUAUAACUACAAACGGGCCGCAGACGUGUGGUUAGGGCCUUAUAAGAAAUACGUUUACAAUUACUUUCCUUUAAUGAGGGAUAUGGAUGUCGGUGAUUUAAGUGAUCGUCUGAGAAUAAAGAACGAAUUGAAAUGCAAAAAUUUCGAUUGGUAUCUGGAUAAUAUAUGGCCUGAGUUGUUCCGCUUUGACGUUAAUGUUACAGCAAGUGGUGAGCUGAGAAAUAAGGCAACACAGAGGUGUCUCGAUAAUUACAAACAGCUUUACCCUUCAAGGCAGAAACUUUUGGUGAUACCGUGUAGCAAUAUUAUAUUACGUCAGGGAUUCUCUAUAACAUACGAGAAAUGGCUAAGAACCUCUUUAAACUGCAUUUCUACAGACUGCGUCUCAAAAACCUAUUGUUAUGCUGUUGUGGCUGAUUGUUUUCUUGGUGUAAGCAAUAAGUGGGAACACAAGGAUGGAUUUGUGAAACAUUUAAACACUGGAUUGUGUCUUGAUUUAGAGAAAAAUUUUGUCGCUAUUCUUCAACCUUGUAACAGCAAGCAAGCUACACAGCAAUGGAGUUUCAUACAGAUCCCCAUAGAUCGCAAGAGAAUAUGAUUUGAGGAAGUUUAACGAAGUAGAGGCUCCCUUAUUGACUCGUGUUGUUCGUAAAGAAGGUGCUGACGGAGAUCGUCGCGAUGACACUGAUGAUGAUGUGUGAUGCUGAUACCGGUGCCGAUAGUUAUGGCAAGACGGUGGUGCUUGUGGUGAGAGGGAGUCUAUGUUAAUGUCUGAUGUUUUGCGGUAACAGUAUUUGCUGUAAUGGUGAAUGGGAGGUAUUUGCGUAAGUCAUACAAUUAUUUCCAAUGUUUGUCACGAAUACACACUCUCAUUGUCCAUAAACAAACAGUGUUGGUGUUGAAUACCAAAAUUCAAUGUUUAAAAGUGAGCGUUGAUCCUUCUGUAUAUAUGUAUUACGCGUGUACUUAUUUAUGUACGUUUGUAUGUGUGUCUAUGUAUAAGUCUUUCUCUGUACGUGUAUACAUCUGCCUCUCAGCCGCUUUGUGAGUACAAAUGCUUGUAUUUAUGUAUAUAUGCUUGUAUAUGUGUGUAUGCAUUCGUGCAUGUAUGUUUCCUGGUAUUGGUCAUAGUUUUGCACUCAAGUGACUGAAAGUUUGUAGAAGAGGACUUCUUUUUCAAGAAUCUCAUGAGCAGCGUGUUUUUUUCUUCUGAAAUUUCAUCUUAGUU